AUGAUACCGGUCCUUUUGGCCACUAUCGUGGCUUUGCUCCCGCUCGCCUCGGCGCAUAUUGCGCUAUGGCAUCCGUCCAUGUACGGCUUCAACGUUACGCAACAGACCUUCCCCUACGACAAUCGCCCCGUCGCCCCCCUCCAAGACUUCUCGUUCGACCAAUGGUGGUUCCAUGGGCACCUGGAUUUCCCGCCCAACGACGGGGACAUCUUCCCCCUCCCGGCUGGCCAAGCCGCGACGGCAGAACUCGGUUGCAACAAGGGCGUCACCUCCUUUUUUGCCUCCUCCGAGGGCCGCACCGACGUCUCUCAGGGCGACAACCCCUGCCCGUCCGACGAUGGGAGCUUCCCAAGCGGAGCAAUGCACACGACUGGUUUUGACGACCUGACAGGGUGCGCACUCGCGAUCGCGUACGAGAGCGACGUGCACAAGAUCAAGCCCGAGGACUUCACGGUGUUCAGCGUCAAUCAGACGUGCGUGUGGACGAAGAACACGGACUUCCAGGUGCCAGAGCGCAUGCCGCCGUGCCCGGAGGGCGGGUGCCAUUGCGCGUGGUUCUGGAUUCACGCGCCAGAUUCGGGUAGCGAGCAGAACUACAUGAACGGCUUCCGCUGCAACAUCACUGGGUCAGCAUCGGAUGUGCCGCUUGCGAAGUCUGAGGUUCCCAGGCGCUGCGGUGCGGACCCUCAGCACGGGAAGCCGGACGCAACACCCGGUAACUGCACGUACGGUGCGAAGCAGCCGUUCUAUUGGUUCCAAAAGGAGCAGAACAACAUGUUCGAGGAUGCGUUCGCGCCGCCCUUUUACACCGACCUCUACAACUUCAAGGACGGCGCCCAGGAUGACAUUUUCCAGGACUCGUACCCCAAUGAUAUCCCCUCGCCCAGCCCGGAGCAGACGGUCAUCCCUACGCCCGUGCUCAAUUCUGGGGCGGCGAGCUCUACUCCCACCGCGCCUUCGGCCUCAUCGUCCGCGCCUCAGGGACAUCCGUCGGCCUUGUUCCGCGGCGGCAAUGGGAAAGCAAGGGGUGGCAAGAACGAUGCUCGCAGCCUCAAAACUAUCCGAGAUCUCCGUCAGAAGCAGAGGAAAUCUCGGUGA